AUGGAGAUUAUCUAUGGAAACAGUCCCACACGGUUCGAAGCUCAAGCAGACGCGAUCAACCUAAUCCACUCCGCAAAGACACAAGCCAACCCCGAAUCGUCAGUUGGGCUGAUGAGUAUGGCCGGCAAAGGUCCAGAGGUACUGGUGACUCUGACGGCGGACAUCGGUAAGAUUCUGGAUGGUCUGCAUCGAACAAAGAUCCGGGGACAAGCGCAUCUUGCCUCCAGUAUACAAGUCGCCGGCCUAGCCCUCAAACACCGCCGAGAACGCGCGCAACGCCAACGAAUCAUCGUCUUCACCUGCUCCCCGAUUGCCGAGGACGAAAAGACCCUCAUCAAACUUGCAAAGCGCAUGAAGAAAUAUAACGUCUCCGUGGACUUCGUGGCCUUUGGCGACCUGGACGACGACACAAUUAAGAAACUCGAAGCCUUCAACGAGAACGUCAAUGGCGCUGACGGCUCGUAUCUCGCUGUAAUACACCCCGGAUCAAACCUUCUUAGCGACUCACUGCUUACGACACCGAUUCUGGGCGGCGAUGGGAUGGGUGUUGGGCGCACGGGUGGUGAGGAGGGGGUUGAUGAUGGGGUUGAUAUUGGCUUUGACCCCUCUGCAGAUCCGGAACUAGCGUUUGCGCUGCGCAUGUCUCUUGAGGAGGAACAGGCGCGGAUAGAGAAAGAGAGAAAUGAGAUGGCGGAGAAGGAGAAGAGGGAGAAGGCCGUGUUGGCAGGGAUUGCAGAGGGGAGUGAGGAGACACAGCCCCUUCUCGAUAAGAAUGGGGAGCCAAGUGGGAGCGGAAGUGGCACGAAUGAGGGGAAGAGGGAUGAUAAGGAUAAGAGGGACAAUGGGGAUCAGAUGGAUACGGCAUGA